GUUCGUUUCUCCGUCCGGCGUUAUGAGGCUGAUCGUGGUGGCCGUGGUGUGCGCCCUGGGUAUGGCUCGGCCGAAGGUGCCCAGCAAAUCGCAGCUGAUCUACGUGCCCGAGUACCAGCCGGAGAGCGAGAAGGAGGCGCCCGAGGCCCCGCCCCGCCAAGAGUACGAGAGGACGCCGGCGCCCCUUCCUCAGCAGCACCAGCAGGAAGCGCUGCCUCCUUCGCCCUCCAAGCCCGUCCGCGAGUUCGUGCCCAUCCUGAAGGACCUGAGGGCGUCCCCUGAGCGAGGCGUCUACAACAUGGCCAUCGAGACGGGCAACGGCAUCAAGGUGCUGCAGCAGGUGGCGGGGAACCACGAGGGAUCCACGACCAAGGGCGCCUACUACUUCACCCACCCCGACGGCACGGUGCACAAGGUGACGUACGUGGCCGACGAGAAUGGCUUCCGCCCCUCGUCGGACCUCCUCCCAGUGGCCCCCAAGAACCCUCACCCCAUCCCCCCCCACGCCCUCGCCCAGAUCGAGAAGGCGCGGAUCGAGGACGAGCUCAGGCAGAUCGAGAGCGAGAAUCAGUAUGAGGCUCGAGAGCAAGAGUAUGAGGAGUAUGUUGCGCCGGAGGAGGGUCGCUUCGAGGAGCAGUACGAGGUACAGGGGACGCCGCAGACCCUCGAAGUCCAAGAUGAGUUUGAGUACGAGGAGGCCGCGGAGCACCAGUACGCCGGCGAGGCUUCGGAGAACUUCCCCGUGCAGUACGACCCCGAGGCGGCCGGCCAGGGGCCUCAGGAGACCCUGUAUUACCCAGUCCUUCCUCAGGAACAGGAGCACUUCCCCGAGCAUGUCCCCGCGGCCGUGCCCUCCGCUCAGCCGCAGGAGCAGGAGGUCAUUCAGAUCAACGACGUCCCCAUCUACAUCCCCGAGGAGUACCGCGACGCCCACGAGGACGUGCCCUUCGCCACCCACCUCGUCCCGACGCACGAGGAGGAGGUCGCCGGCACCCCGUUCGAAGGGGCGGUCGAGGAGUACCUGCAGCCCCGGGAAGCAUCAGAGGGCAUCCCUCUAGGCCCACUGGAACCCGAGGCCCUCGGAUAUGAACCUCUCCAAGCCGCCCUUCACGCCCAGGCCGAGUCGGAGCCCGAAGCGCAGCCUGAGCCCCAGCCCGAACCUGAACCUGAGCCUGAACCCCUCGCGGAAGAGCGCAGCGCUGACGAAGGCGAAGAAGAGGAAGGGUACGACAUUCCCCACCAGGCGGCCUCCACUCUGAUGGCUGCCGUCAGCGCCGCUCAGCCUCAUGCCCAGUAGACGCAGCAGGAAGGGCCCGCCGCUGUUACUCUGGCGGAGAGAGUGCACAAGCAAUUCGUUUUUCAGAAUAUUCACACGUGUACAUAUACACACACAUACACGUAGACACAGACACACAAACAUAGAUAUACAGAUAUAUAGAUACAUAGACACAGAAACACACAGACACAGACACA